AUGGCCAUGGUGAGUGGGGGCUGGGGAGAUCCCAAUGGCGGCACCAACGGCCUGGGGGAAAAGGGCUACCUGAAGCGGGAGGAUGAGGACGGCUCUCCCCAGGCGGGAGGCAGCGACAUGGAAGCCGGGGAGGACGACAAGGCCUGCGUAUUGGACUGUGUGGUGUGCGGGGACAAGUCGAGUGGGAAACAUUACGGCGUGUUCACCUGCGAGGGCUGUAAAAGCUUCUUCAAGAGAAGCGUUCGACGUAACCUCAGCUACACGUGCAGGUCUAAUAGAGAGUGUCAGAUUGACCAGCACCAUCGCAACCAAUGCCAGUACUGUCGCCUCAAGAAGUGUUUCCGAGUGGGCAUGCGCAAAGAAGCAGUUCAACGCGGCCGCAUCCCACCGCAGCCUAGUCUCAGCCCGACCCUCACGCCUAUAGGGGGUGCCAGCGGCCUAGGAGGCAGUGAAUUCUACAACAACAACAACAACAAUGCCGGGAGUGGCGGUCAGCCGGUUUCCGAGCUUAUCUCGCAGUUGCUAAGAGCUGAACCGUACCCCAACAGCCGCUACGGGCACCAGUACAACCAGCAGGCCGGUCCUGAUAAUUCCAUGGGCAUCGAUAACAUCUGUGAGCUGGCCGCCAGGCUACUCUUCAGCACGGUGGAAUGGGCCAGAAAUAUCCCUUAUUUUCCUGAGCUGCCAGUGUCAGAUCAGGUGGCCCUGCUGAGGCUGAGCUGGAGCGAGCUGUUCAUCCUCAACGCAGCCCAGUCGGCCUUGCCGCUCCACAUGGCGCCCUUGUUGGCCGCGGCGGGCUUCCACUCGUCGCCCAUGUCGGCAGAGCGCGUGGUGUCCUUCAUGGACCAGGUGAGGGUGUUCCAGGACCAGGUGGACAAGCUGACCCGACUGCAGGUUGACUCCGCUGAGUACAGUUGUCUCAAGGCCAUCGCACUGUUCUCACCAGAUGCCUGUGGUCUGACAGACGCAGUCCACGUGGAGUCCCUGCAAGAGAAGGCUCAGGUGGCUCUGACAGAGUACGAGAGGAUGCAGUACCCGAGUCAACCUCAGCGCUUCGGCCGCUUACUCCUGCGUCUCCCUGCUCUCCGCGCCGUACCCGCCAGCCUCAUCUCCCAACUCUUUUUCAUGCGCCUGGUGGGGAAGACCCCCAUUGAGACGCUCAUCCGUGACAUGCAGCUCUCUGGAAGCUCCAUCAGCUGGCCCUAUGUGCCUAUGUGAUAGGAUUUAUUUUUUGUUGGCAGUGCUGAGAACAUGAAAAUGCAGAAUCGUCAAUACGGUUAAGAACUAAGGAUGGUACUGAUGAACCGAGCACACGGUCCUCUGCAUUGGUUUUGUCGUUGGAAGACUUGGAAAUAAUGUGGGUGGGGGGAUUGAAACGGCUCACGCCUAACAAAAAUGAAGUAAAACCAAGGAAAAUUAACCAAAGUUCGUCCUCGGAUUGAUGCACAAAAACAGAGUAGACCACUUUUAUGGACUCUUGUGACUGCUUGAACGUCAGAUGGCCUCGCGGUUGCUAUAUUUGCCAGCAGUUACAAGAGACUAAUACCUCAUCAGACAUCAGAAUGCUUUCAUCUGAUAUUAAAAGCAAGAAUAACUUAAAAAAAAAAACUAAAUGUUCCUCACCAGAAACCGCCUUCUUUUUGACAACAGCCUUGUUAUUGGGUAUAAAUUUAGGACUUGUACAAGCAUCACAAACAUUCAUCUUUUGUUGCUUCUUUUCCAGAAUACAGCGGUGCCUUGAGAUCCGAGUUUUUGCAGGCCAAUUGUUUUGUCCUUUGAUUUGCGAAUGCGGCUUGAGAUAUGAGCACUGUAUAGUGGCGGUGAACUCAACUCACUUCACAGUAAGCAGCACUUUGGUAAAUAUUGAACAAGUUCUCCAAAAAAAAAGGCUUGAAGCUGUUUAUUCCCACUCGCAGUUGAAGUUUAGCCUUUCAGUCCGCUGGCUUAAUGCUAACACUAAAUAGCAUCUAUGUUGUAGUGCUAUAACAAUGGAUUGAACAGAAACGGUAUCACUCUUUUUAAUCAUGUCAUUACGGUGUAGUUUUAUAAAGUACUAUAUUAUGGAGUGCUAUUCCUCAUUAAAAUACACAUUACAAGAAUUGUUAUUUUGGGUAAGGCCCGAACGGAUUAUUGUCAUUUUCAUUCUUUCAAUGGUAAAAGAGGAUUUGCGAUACGAGUGUGGUCACGGAAUUAACUAACCUCAUAUCUCAAGGCACCACUGUAUUUGGAAAUGUAGAUUCACAACUCUUGUCUGAAAGAAAUCAAUUUAACAUUUAGCUUAACAAGUCUCAUUUAAGACUUUAUAAUAAACACUAAAGCUUACGUCGACAAUGUGUUGGAGGUGUCAGUGUAAAUAUAUCGAGGCUAACUUUGAUUUCCCUCUGCAUGUUCAAAUGUUUUGUUUUUUUCAUCCUUUUGUGUAAUACAUUUCAAUAUUGAAGUGUUGCUUCAGUGUUAGCUCCUCAAUGUGUUUCUAUGUGUUGACAUGAAAAUACCUCUCUCUAAUGACCCACAUGUUAUCGCUAAGGACUGAGUGCUGUUGUACUUUGUAUAAAUGACGUGAGGCGACUUGAUGAUUAAAAACUGCACAAGAAGGAUUUUUGAAUACCAAAAUUUCACACGUGGACUAAAGAAGGCCCCUGAUUCACCACCAGGACUUACCUCACGCUAGUAGUUUAAGACGCUUUGUUGUUUUAUAGAAUCACAAAUAUUUUAGAACAAAGAACACAAAUCAACCGUAAGCUUUUGCUUCUUGCUUUGACCCUAAAAGUGAUUUGGAUGUGAUUCUUUUAGUCAAAGUCACACAUCCAUUUCAUUCACCAAGGUUAGCGUUACAGUACUAUUAAUGGUUUCUUACUUUUGUGUUCUUGAGUUCUUAUGCCGGAGUUUUAUGUGGAUGGCAAGAUUAUUAAAAGAAUCAAAAGAUGGCAAGUGUGUCUUUUGUUAUGUAUGUUUGUUUUUUCAAACUUGCUGAAAAAAAGUGUUGUAAUUACAGCUGUAUGACGAAUGCCAAAUAAACUACAACAUGCACCA